GCACUGGUCAAACAGGGCUUCACUGUGCAGGUGGAGAGUGGAGCUGGAGAGGAGUCAAAGUUCUCUGACCAGCAGUACAAAGAUGCUGGAGCUACCAUCACUGACGUCAAGGGAGCCCUCGGUUCAGACCUGGUCCUCAAGGUUCGAGCCCCCACUUUGAGCGAGGUAGACCUCUUGAAGCCCAAGUCCACCUUGGUGAGCUUCAUCUAUCCAGCACAGAACCCAGAGCUAAUGAUGAAGCUGUCAGAGAGACACAGCAAUGUGCUGGCCAUGGACCAGGUGCCCAGAGUCACCAUCGCACAAGGCUACGAUGCACUCAGCUCCAUGGCUAACAUCGCUGGGUACAAGGCUGUGGUUUUGGCUGCCAAUCACUUUGGCAGGUUUUUCACUGGCCAGAUCACAGCUGCAGGAAAAGUACCCCCGGCUAAGGUCCUGGUUAUUGGAGGUGGAGUGGCUGGUUUAGCUGCAGCAGGGGCAGCCAAGUCGAUGGGAGCUAUAGUCAGAGGAUUUGACACCAGGCCAGCAGCCCUGGAGCAGUUCAAGUCAUUUGGGGCAGAGCCCUUAGAAGUUGACCUCAAGGAGUCUGGCGAGGGGGUCGGAGGUUACGCCAAAGAGAUGUCUAAGGAGUUCAUUGAGGCUGAGAUGGCCCUUUUCGCCAAGCAGUGUAAAGAGGUUGACAUUCUCAUCAGUACUGCCCUGAUUCCAGGGAAGCGGGCCCCCAUCCUUAUUAAGAAAGAGUUUGUGGAGUCGAUGAAGGACGGCUCUGUAGUGGUGGAUCUGGCUGCAGAGGCGGGGGGGAACAUUGAGACCACCAGGCCUGGUGAGCUGUAUGUUCACAAGGGAGUAACACACAUUGGCUACACAGAUUUGCCCAGCCGCAUGGCCACCCAGGCCAGCACCCUGUAUUCAAAUAACAUACUGAAGCUGCUGAAGGCCAUUAGCCCAGACAAAGAGUACUUCUAUUAUGAGCCCAAAGAUGAAUUUGACUAUGGAACAAUUGGUCAUGUCAUCCGUGGAACUCUUGUUCUGAAGGAUGGCAAAAACAUGUUCCCGGCCCCCCUCCCUAAAACAGCCCCCCCAUCCCCAGUAAAACAGAAAACAGUUGCAGAGUUGAAGGCUGAGAAAGCAGCUGCCAUUUCUCCCUUCCACCGCACCAUGACCUCUGCUGGCAUCUACACUGCAGGUGUGUCCACCUGUCUUGCACUGGGCAUCAUCUCUCCAAACGCAGCUUUCACUCAGAUGGUCACGACCUUUGGCUUGGCUGGGAUUGUGGGAUACCACACUGUGUGGGGUGUGACCCCCGCUCUGCACUCACCCCUCAUGUCUGUCACCAAUGCCAUCUCAGGUCUGACAGCAGUAGGAGGACUAGUGCUGAUGGGUGGAGGUUUCACACCUUCCACCCUGCCUGAGAGUCUCGCUCUGGCUGCUGCCUUCGUUUCCUCCAUCAACAUUGCCGGUGGUUUUCUCAUCACCCAGAGGAUGUUGGACAUGUUCAAGCGUCCCACUGACCCUCCGGAGUACAACUACCUGUAUGCACUGCCUGGGGCUGCAUUUGUUGGGGGCUAUGGUGCUUCAGUGGCAGCUGGAUAUAGCAUUGAGCAGAUGAUGUACUUGGGCUCAGGCUUGUGUUGUGUCGGGGCGCUGGCAGGCCUCUCUGCCCAGGGCACCAGUCGCCUGGGGAACACCCUGGGUAUGAUGGGGGUGGCAGGGGGUAUCGCUGCCACCCUCGGCGCCCUCAAACCCUCACCAGAGCUGCUUUCACAGAUGUCCCUGGCCAUGGCUGCUGGAGGAACCAUAGGUCUGACAAUUGCCAAGCGUAUUGAAAUCUCAGACUUGCCGCAGCUCGUGGCAGCCUUCCACAGCCUUGUGGGGCUGGCAGCUGUUCUCACCUGCAUUGCCGAGUUCAUGAUUGAGUACCCCCACCUGGACACGCACCCAGCUGCUGGUGUAAUCAAGACUGUGGCGUAUCUGGGCACCUACAUAGGAGGCGUCACCUUCAGUGGAUCACUGGUGGCCUAUGGCAAGCUUCAAGGCCUCUUAAACUCGGCCCCCCUGCUGUUGCCAGGACGACACAUGUUGAACGCAGGUCUGAUGGCGGCAUCAAUGGGAGGCAUGGUGCCCUUCAUGCUCAGUUCCAGCUACGGUACUGGCAUGGGGUGUCUACUGGGAGUGUCUGGGCUUUCCACUGUUAUGGGUGUAACCCUGACAGCAGCCAUUGGGGGCGCUGACAUGCCUGUGGUCAUCACCGUGUUGAACAGCUACUCUGGAUGGGCACUCUGUGCCGAAGGCUUCUUAUUAAACAACAAUCUCAUGACAAUUGUUGGAGCUCUAAUUGGUUCCUCUGGUGCCAUCCUCUCAUACAUUAUGUGUGUGGCCAUGAACCGUUCUCUGCCCAAUGUGAUCCUGGGCGGGUAUGGCACCGCCUCCACAGCGGGCGGUAAGCCCAUGGAGAUUGUUGGUACUCACACUGAGGUCAACGUGGACCAGACCAUUGACAUGAUAAAAGAAGCCAACAGCAUCAUCAUCACACCAGGUUGGGGUCUGUGUGCAGCCAAAGCCCAGUAUCCAAUUGCAGACAUGGUGAAGAUGUUGAGGGAACAGGGCAAGGCUGUGAGGUUUGGUAUCCACCCAGUGGCUGGUCGUAUGCCAGGCCAGCUGAACGUCCUCUUGGCCGAGGCUGGUGUUCCCUAUGACGUGGUCCUAGAGAUGGAUGAGAUCAAUGAAGACUUCCCAGAGACAGACUUGACACUGGUCAUCGGUGCCAAUGACACUGUGAAUUCCGCAGCACAAGAAGAUCCCAACUCUAUAAUUGCCGGCAUGCCUGUCCUGGAGGUUUGGAAGUCCAAACAGGUGAUAGUGAUGAAGCGCACCUUGGGUGUGGGCUAUGCUGCAGUAGAUAACCCUAUUUUCUACAAGCCCAACACAUCAAUGUUGCUGGGAGAUGCCAAGAAGACAUGUGACAGCCUGCAAGCAAAGAUCAGAGAGACCUACUACUAGAUACCUCUCAUGUACGGAGGCAGGUUGACACACACACAGUGUUUCAAACAUUGGCUUUCAAGAUAUUUAUUUCUGGAGAAAAGAUUUAUUGGAUCUGCCACUAAUGUGAUUCUAUUACAGAGGAUGCCCAAGAUUCAGAAUUUUUUUUUAAGGG